UGGGCCUAAUGGCAAAUAGUUGAGUUGAAGUCGAAUUCCCUAUGGGCCAAAGAAAAAAAAUGAUAAAUUGAUCUCUUUGUUCAUCUAAGCCAUUUAGUCAUGUUUCUCACCAUAGCUCCAAAUUCUCAUCCCAAAACAUGGGAAUCCACCAAUUCCUCAAAAUCACACUCCUUUCCUAUUCCAUCAAACAUCAAAACACAGCCUUCAAUAAUAAUUCCAAAAGCCUUUAAUAAUGAAGAUAACAAUUCAACAGCAGGAAAAAUCAAACGCAUGGUACUUAGUCAAGAAGGAAGAACCAAACUAAACGUUUUACCAGACAGGGAAUUUUAUGCCUACCCAAGAUUUGUCACACACGUCGAUGAUCGUUUCAUUUCCAAUUUAACAAAUCUUUACAGGAAAUGUUUGAGGCCUGAAUUUGAGAUUCUUGACCUUAUGAGCUCAUGGGUGAGUCAUUUACCACAAGAAGUGAAGUACAAAAGGGUGGUAGGUCAUGGACUUAAUGCCCAAGAGCUAGCAAAAAAUCCCAAGUUGGAUUAUUUCUUUGUGAAGGAUUUGAAUAAAGAUGAGAAACUUGAGUUUGAAAAUUGUAGCUUUGAUGCUGUUUUAUGUACUGUCAGUGUGCAGUAUCUUCAACAGCCUGAGAAGGUUUUCGCAGAAGUAUUUCGAGUUCUAAGACCUGGAGGAGUGUUUAUUGCAAGCUUCAGUAACAGAUUGUUCUACGAGAAAGCAAUUAGUGCAUGGAGGGACGGUACAGGGUACGGGAGAGUGCAACUUGUGGUACAAUAUUUCCAAUGUAUUGAGGGAUUUACACAGCCAGAAGUGAUUCGUAAAUUACCAAUUGAUGAUGAUGAUCAAGAAAAUAAAUCACCUCUGAAUAAAAUAAUGCAGUUUAUAGGGUUGUUUUCAGCUUCAUCUGAUCCUUUUUAUGCAGUUGUAGCUUAUAGAAACUUCAAACCAGUGCAUGAAUAAAUUUGUAUUAUAUUAUUGUGUGACAUUUUAAUUUGGUGUGUAUAGCCCAAUUUGUAAUCAGUAACCACAAAUCAUAUGCUGAAAUUCUGUUACCUUCACUUCAUAGUCUGGCUUAAUUACAGGCCA